GCCAUUACCGACCUCUCCUUUCCUUCAUAUCCCCAUCCUUCCCCUACCUCUCCACCCCCAAAUUCCACCUUUCCUCCUCUCCAUCCUCUCUCUCUUCUCUCUCCCUAGAAAUUAUUCAGAGGUUUCAUUUCUAAAAUUUUAAAAAAUACGAAUAGAAUUUUAGAAUCCAAUAAUCAAAAGAAAUUUAUCAGGAAAAUGGCUCAGAAAACGGAGAAAGAAGAGACGGAAUUCAAGGUUCCAGAAACGCUUACCUUAUGCGUUAAUAAUUGUGGAUUCACCGGUAAUCCGGCGACCAACAAUAUGUGUCAGAAAUGUUUCAACGCUACCACCAGCACCUCAAAUUCAGCAACGGUGACGGCGGCUGUACCUGCAAAUACAACCUCGACAACGACGACGACAUCAUCAGCGGCUGUCGUCUCAUCUGGUAGCGAGAUCUUGCGUAAAUCACCGAGAUCUAGCUUGUCUAGAUCUCCUAUUCGAGAUCCGUUACGCCAGACGAAUCAAAAGGUGCAGACGUCGACAGAUCGGGAAAAAUCAGACGCAGCGGUGGCUAGGAGGGAGGUGAACCGAUGCUCGGGAUGUAGAAGGAAGGUUGGGUUGACCGGAUUCCGAUGCCGGUGUGGAGAGCUUUUCUGUUGGGAACACCGGUAUUCUGACCGUCACGACUGCAGUUACGACUAUAAAGCCGCUGGCAGGGAGGCGAUCACUAGAGAAAACCCCGUGGUCAAAGCGGCGAAGAUUGUUAGAGUUUGAUAAAUGGGAAAGAACGUCAAAAUUUGAACAGAGAACUUCAAAACUUCACGAUGAUCGAUGCUCUCGAUCUGAUCAUUCCUCCUUUUUCCUCUAUAGAGAAUGGCUUGAGAUAGAUUUUAGGGAGAGGAAAGAAGAGAUCGGUCGAUGAACAAGAAUCAAUUAUGGCUUGAAGAUAAUCCAGAGAUCAAGAUCAAAAUUCUUCUAUAAAAUUUUAUUUUCUUUUUUACUUUUUUUUCCUUUUUUAAAUGAAAGAUUAUUAUUAUUAUUAUUAUUAUUAUUAUUAUUAAAUAUGAUUAUUAAUGUUAUUGUUGUGGCCUAAUCGUGCUUGACUGUUUGUUCAUGUUUACUUUUGAGGUUUUUUUUUUCUUAAGAGAUUUUAGAAAUGGUAAUGGCAUGGGAAUGUAAAUUAGAAGGAAAUUGUGUGGCUUUUAUGUCAAUUCGGUUAUAAA